GACGGACGUUCUUUAUAAUUAAGCACUAAAACGUCCGUAUUAUAAGUAUUUGUUAUUGCAAGAUGGCAUCAGAAAAGCUCGUGGGUUCUCUUAUUGAAAAUUUGGCAUUAAAAAGUGACCAACAAGCAGAAUUUAAUAAAAAAAUUGCUGAACUUCCUUCUGAUGUUUCACCAACCGGAACCAUAUACAUUGGUCACCUUCCACGUGGAUUUUAUGAGGAUGAAAUUAAAAAAUACUUUUCACAAUUUGGUGUUGUAAACAAAGUUCGUCUUGCUCGAAGCAAAAAGACUGGUGGACAUAAAGGUUAUGGUUAUGUGCAAUUUGCUAAUGAGGAUGUGGCUAAAAUUGCAGCAGAAGCAAUGAACAAUUAUUUGAUGUUUAAUAAGUUACUGAAAUGUCAAUUUGUACCUAAUGAAAAAUUACAUCCAAAGAUAUGGAAAGGAUGCAAUAAAAAAUUUGUAUGGAUAAACAAAGCAAAGCUAGCUCGACAAGUACACAAUAAGCGCAAAACAAAAGAAGCAUCUCAAAAGGCAUUUGAAAGAUUAAAUAAACGAGACAAGAAGAAAAGAGAAAAGUUGUUGGCUUGUGGAAUAAAGUUUGAAUUUCCUGGAUAUGCCGGAUCAAAAAUAAAUAAAAAAUUGAUAAAGAAAGACCAAAAAGCACCAACGCCUAAGACACUUUUACCUCCAAAAACAGACAAAAAAAAAAGAAAGAAAAAAGAAGUUUAAUUAAUAUUUUGAACUUUUACUACUAAAACUUCUGUUUGUUUUGAAAUAUACAUAUAAAUGUU